CGCGUUACCCCUCGUUACCUCAGACGCGCCAAGCAGUCUUUUGACUUCUGCGGAAAAUAAAGGAACAAAUGCAAUACAAGCUUGCUGCAGUUGGAUUUUCUGACAUAACUAGCAACAUUUUAAAGUUUUAUGUUUAGAGAAUUUACUGGAACAUUUGAGAAAAUUAUGUCAGAAAGAGAAAAGCGUGAAAAAAGCGUCUCUGAACUGGAUGAAAACCUAAAAAGGAUAGGAAUCGUCUCACAUCAAGAAGCGGAGCUGGAGCCUUUUCCAUCAUCUCUGCUCAGAUACUUUGAGAUCUCGAGGAGUAGAGCUGCAGCCUGUGAGAAACUGCUUCUGGAAGACCUCAAUGAUGAGACGGUGGGGAGCCAUACUGGCUUUUUAUCAGAGAGCAGCAAAAAUGAGGUGGAGCCAGAGAUGAGCUGGGGGGAGGAGAUGGAGACGGGUGGGCGAAGGCAGCAGCGAGAGGACUUCCAAAGAGAACUGAGGAAGAUCAUGGAGGCAGAGAAGAUGCAUCAGAUGGAGCUUGAGCUGUCGCUGAAAAGAGCUCAUGGUGUGUUUGAAGAGGAGCUGCCGCUUCAGCAGGAUCACUUUAGUAAGCUACAAAAACGAGUGGAGGAUGAAAGGCGGAUGAUUGAGGAGCAGCUAAAGAGCAGCAAGGAGGAAGAUGAGGAGAAGAAAAACAAUGAGGAGAAAAAACAACAAGAGGAGGUAAGCAAAGGGAAAAAACCAGAGGAAGCAUGUAGGAAACCUGUGGAAAUACAACUUCAAGAGGAAGGGAGGAAGAAAAAGAUGAAUGAAAAGUGGAGAGAAGAUGAAGAUGUGAUGAAGAAAACAAGUGAAAAUGAAAAAAACUGGACGGAGGAUGAUGUCAAGAGGAAAGAAGAGAAUAGAAAGCAACACCAACACAGGAGAGAACAGACAGAAGAAAGACUGAGGGGAAGAAUAACAAACAAGAAGAGAGCUGAAAAAGGAUCUCAAAAGGAGGAUGAAGAGAAACCGCUGGAGGUGGUCAGUGAGGUCAAUAGUAAGGGUGAGGAAAGAAAAAUGGAAUCAAAAUUCGGUCUUCAAGGUCUUAAAGAUGAACCGAGAACUGUAGAAGAGGAGGAAGGGGAAACAAGGGGUUCUGCUGAGGAGAGAGAGAAGCCAGGGAGGAGGAUGAGGCCUGCAAAGGAAAUGGAAGAGAAUUCUGAAGAGGAGGAGACAGACCGGAAGAUGCUGGAUAAAAGUGUGGAAAGAAAGAGGGAGAAAACUGUAGAAACAAAGGAGAAAAACAAACUUUGUGAAAGCGAAGACAAACGAGAGGAUGAGGAUUGGAGACCAGAGGAAGAGAAUCACAAAAUAAAGCAGAUGAACAAGGAAACAAAGAGGAUCCUCCAGGAAAACACGGAUGUGGAUAACCAAGACGGGCCGAAAAGGUGUGAAGAGAGAUGGACAGAUGAUGAUGAGUGCAUGUUGAAAGGAAAGAAACCUCAAGAAAAAUCUAAAAAUGUUAAUGGACACGAGAAUGGAAAGGUGGAUGGAGAAAUGCUUCAAAAGAGGAAAAAAAGGGUGAUCAUGAUGAAUGGAGGCAGAGAUGGAAAAGAAGAUACCAAGAACAAAGUGAUGAUGAUAUCCAUGACUGAGCUACAGCCAGAAAAGGAGCAAAAUCAAAGCCUGGACCCAGCUUGUUCUUCCAUGACAGGUCUUAUUAGACCUAAAACUCCACAGAACUGCUUUCUAACAAAAGACACGUCUGAAGAAUCCACCUCAGAGGCAGGAACCUGCGCAGGAGAAGCCAGCGCCCCCUGCUGCUCUGUGCUUGCAGGCCUUCCAGAGCGCGCACAGCAGAAGAGGCUGUCCUGGAGGAAGAACUGCAUCUCCUGGUCCACCCUGUCCCUCCAGAACAGGAGCAGACCAAAAGGUUCUGUCCAGACUCAGAGAAGGCCAAUGAAGAAGGCUGACAGACUGCCCCCCCUCUGCACAGACGCUCUGCUUCAGGCUGCAGGUCAGAGACCCCUGCAGGAGGUAACCACGGUAACACUGGAGAAGCUGCCCAGCUGCAGUCUGUCCAGUCUGGCCCAGUGUCCCCAGCUGCGGUCCCUCACUCUCAGACGCUGUGGCCUCAGGGCUCUAGAGGGCCUCAAGCCGCUGCAGGAGCUGUGCUACGUGGAUCUGAGGGAGAAUGACAUCUCCCAUGUGGACUGCGAGAAUAUGACCAGCUUACGAGUUCUGCGACUGGGCCACAACAAACUGACGUCCAUCCACGGCUUGAGCGGGGUGGAGAAUUUGGACGUUCUUGACCUCUCGUACAACUCCAUCACCCGUGUCGCUGGUCUGGAGUCCCUGAGGAGGCUGCAAAGGCUUUUGUUGGACCACAACCGCCUGAUCAACAGCCGAGGACUGAAGGAUGUGUACACACUUCUCCACCUGAGCUGUGCCCACAACCACCUGCAGACUGUGGAGGGUCUGGGGAGCAGCGCUCUGCUCCACACGCUGGACCUGACAGCCAACAGCCUCACUGAGCCCCCCCGUCUCGACAACCAGGUCCUUCUGAGGGAGCUGCAUCUGGACGACAACUGCAUCUCUUCCCUUCAAGGCCUCGCCGACUGCUGGCUGCCUCUUUUGCAAAACCUUUCAGCGAGCCAAAACCAAAUUACCCAGCUGCCAUCCAUGACUGAUUUUAUAUCUCUGGAAAAUCUGGAUCUGCGUUUCAACUGUCUUUCAGAGGUAAUGAAUGUUUGUGAGAACCUGCAAGGAUGCCCUUCCCUUGGACAAGUCUGGCUUUCAGGGAAUCCUGUGCUGCAGGAGCGUGGGUGGAGCGGUGCUUCACUUCACCUGGAGGCCGUGAAAAGUCUGUGCCAGCACCACACUUUGGCUCUGAAGCUGGCUGAAGAGCAGAGAUUGUUCCAUGAAUCUGCUAAUGCCAAUGCAACAUCUGAAAAAUAUAGUCCCAAACCAGCACAAUGUGAAAAGACACUUUACACAGACGGUACAACUACAGCGAAGUGUUUGUGUUGCCCAGAAGAAAAGUCCAGUCACAAGACUAUCAGCCAAAACAGGGAUGUGAUUGAAGGUAGCAGCAGCUCUGAGGAAAAUGCAGAGCAAGGAAAAAGACACAACUCGUCCAAAUGGGUUACCUGUGGAAUCAUCUACACUUCAGAGAAAGCCUCUGUUCCCAACCAUUACAACUCAGACCUUAAGCGCUCAGCAGCAGUUGUGAUCCAACAGAGGUGGAGGAAAUACAGGCAACAAUGUGGAAACACUCAUUCCACCGACGACAAUGAGGAAGAAUUGGAGCAUGUGUUGAACAACAACAGGAAAACCAUUGCAGCAACGGUUAUCCAGGCGUUUUGGAGAGGCUUCACUUUGAGGAGGAAGCUUGCAUCUGCUCUUGCUGCGGUUGAGUAUCCUGAUGAAGAGGAUGACACCUUCGAGGAGUUGGAGGAAUUUGUGUUUGAUGAGCCAAACCUGGACGAAUACUGGACAGAUUUUGAGGAUUCAUCGCCUAGAUACUGUCCUGUUCCAGAGCCAAAGCCACCCUCUUACAGUCAUUCCUCAUACAUGUCAUCGUGUACAAUGAGCCCAAUGCAGGCCUGGACAGCCGGAGAACAUGGGUCCUCAGCUUCUUCCACUUGUCAAAAAAAUUCACCAGAGACUUCUAGCAGGAGCAAGACUCCACCUUCAACCUUUGUCUGCUCUGGUUUGUCAGAAAACUCUGAAAGGAUUCUGAAGGAAUGGGGCUUUAAUAACAGAAAAACAGCUCUUUUAAUGCUGAAAAGAGCCCAAAGGAUGAAGUCUACUAAAGGAGAAGAAAAGAAAAGGAAAAAUCCAUCUGUUGGUCUGAAAAUAUUCAGAAACCAGCUUGGCCCAGUUGAAGCACAAAGCAGUACUGCUGGACUCAGCCAAUGUACUUUAAAAGUCAGCACCUCAAAGCUGGGCCUUCAGCAGCGAAAGAGGACCGAACUGAGAAGACCCAUGCAUACACAGAGUCAUCAUUUCUUACCUGAGAUGAACUCAUCCGUCCUGAGCGGAGGCAGGGUACAGCUGACGGCUGACCUGGCACAUGCAGAGCCCUGUAACAGAAGUGCAUUGUGGGCCAGCAGGAGUUCAUCUGAGCUCCACAGCAAAGCCAACACACAUCUUCAUAAAAGCUUCUGCGAUCAUUCAAGCAAAGACGUUCCGUCGGCUAAGCGAUCCACAUCUGCUCCUCCCAAAAACGAACGCAUCUCCUUCAGAGACAGUCCUGGACAUUGGAGCGGUGGCUGGGGAGGGGGCAGGAAGAGGGGCAGGCUGACCCAGUGAAGCGCAGCAACCGCACUUUCAACAGCAGCUUUUGUUUUUACUUCAUAAACGACUUUCACGUAAAACAGCAUGUUUCAAAUGUGAAAAAGUUUCACUUGUAAUUCUAUGUGUGGACUGUCUCUCCUGCUGCUGAAUCCUCCGCCUCAAAACUAAAGAGAACCAGAUCCAGUCACACAAGCCCAAAUAUCUUCAGGCGCUUCCAUCGUUUCUAUUCUACUCAAGUGUCACUCUAUGAAUUCCAUUGCUGCGAAGAAAGCCUCCAAACCUGCAAAACAAACGGACUUAUUCUAAUGGCAGGAAAUGAGAACCGGCACUUUUACAACCUGUGGCUUCUUUUUUAUUUGCUAUUCUUUAUGAACAAACAUCUCUGAGUCCUGUUUCAGAUGUAAACUUUCACCAUAAAACCUACUUUCUGGA